AUGAGAAAGAGGCUUUGUAAAAGAACCGAGGAGAUGACCGAACCUCUGGGGGAUGACAGACCAAGUGCAAGUUGUCAAACAUCGAGUCAAACAAAUGGAUUCGAUGACGUCAUCAUCAAAGUAGCAGACGCCAUAUCAGAAGAUAGUGAUUUAAGGAGACUUGGUCUUGAGUUGGGAGUCCAGACAUCUAAUAUCAAUAGGGCAUUGGAGACGAAUUGGGCUGGAGGAAGAAAGACAAGUAAUGGCAACGUGAUGAUGCUUCAGAACUGGGCAAAGACGGUCAAACCAUCCAAUCAAUUUCAAACUCUCAGAGCAGCUCUCAAAAAGGUGGAUUUACUAGAGGUGGAAGAGACAUGUUUCACAAGCAGCUGCAGCGGUGACGAUAAUGCAAUGCCAAGUGACAUAAUGAAGUUAAGAGAACAACUGAAAAGUAGAUAUCGCAGAAAAUUUGGUCAGAUCAAAACAUCGCCUGUGGACCCUCAGUCACGAACAUGGCUUCAGCACAUCUAUGUCAGUCUCGUCCUGAUGUUAGGAUUUGAAGGGGAAAACGAGGAGCCAAUAGAGUAUGACGAGUUGUUUAAAUUCAUCAAAACUGACACACCGAAAGGUUUUGUAACACGAUUAGCAUUUAUUGGAGAAGCUGGUGUAGGGAAAUCGUACAUUCCCGACGUAUUAAGCGCUAUAUAA